GUAUUUAUUUUACUCGAUCAUCAUAUUAGUCCAUGGUUGUGUAACAAAUAAAUGAAGGUACACAAAAUGUCCAAGCCCACUGAAGAUGGUCAAUUAAUUUCUGGAGAUUGUCGAUAUAUUUGUACAGGAUUUAAUCCAAGGAAAAUAUAUUUAUUGGGUGAAAAAUACUCAGGAUUAAAAUCUAGAGGUUCCUUACAAAAAUUUGAAGAUAUAAGAUCUUAUUGUCUUAAAAAGAAGAUAUUAUUUAACGACCAACAGUUUGCUCCUGAUAAUGUACAAUUAGGAGAGAAAUGGGAGAGUGUGAAAGAAAAUAUAAAAUGGCUCAGACCUCAGGAAAUGGUUUCAAAUCCAUAUUUUCUUGAUGCUGGAGAAAAUAGAUUUGAUGUAAACCAAGGAAACUUGGGUGACUGUUGGUUUUUAGCAGCCUUGGUUAACAUAUUGGAAAAUCGAAAAUUGUUUCAAUUGAUUGUUCCUGAAAAUCAAAGCUACUCUGAAGAUUACGCUGGAGUAUUCCAUUUCAGGUUUUGGCAAUAUGGUAGAUGGAUUGAUGUUGUUAUUGACGACAAAUUACCGACCAUUGAUGGAAAACUCAUAUUUACAAAAACUAAAUAUGCUAAUGUUUUUUGGACACCUUUACUGGAAAAAGCUUAUGCAAAAUUGUAUGGUUCUUACGCUAAUAUUGAAGGUGGUUAUAUUUCCGAUGCACUUGAAGAUUUAACUGGUGGUCUGAAUGAGGUGUAUCCACAUCUCUUGGAAUUCAGUAAAAAUCAAGAUGUUUUUAAAAUGAUGCUAGUUUCUUUCUUAAGAAAAUCGUUCAUGGGAUGUGCUAUAACGGAUUCCACUGUAGCAGAAGAAGAAAACGAAUAUGGGCUUUAUUCAAGACAUGCAUACAGUAUUACCAAUGUCGUUGAAGUUCUUUCUAAGAAUGGAAAACCCUAUAAACUACUCAGACUCAGGAAUCCGUGGGGAACGGGAGAAUGGAAAGGCAAUUGGAGCGAUAAUUCCAAUACUUGGGAAGAUUUGCCAGAAAACACCAAACAAAAAUUACUUGUGAAAGCAAACGAUGGAGAGUUUUGGAUGCAAUACGAACAAUUCAUAGAAAUGUUUAAUUUAUUGGAAUUCUGCCAUCCCAAUCCAGAUUCCAUGGCUUACAAUAAAGAUGAGUUGCAUCAGUGGAAGACAUUCAUUAUAGAUGGUGCUUGGGAAGCUAAAAUUAGCAAUGGAGGCGUUCCAACCAGUACAAAUUUUUGGUUGAACUCACAAUUUAUUUUGAAUGUGAAUGGUCAGAAAGAUGAAACACAUAGAGUUUUGGUUAGUGUCACACAAAAAAAUAGGAGGAUUUACAAGUUACCCGAAUUGCCAAUUGGAGUUGCAGUGUAUGCUUUAAAAGCUGCAUGUAUGGGGCCAUUGCCACAAAAUUACUUUUCUUCUAUAAAACCAAUUUAUGUGAAAAAAGCUGAACCAAGCAGGCAAAUAGUGUGCCAUUUGGAUUUGUCCAAUGGAUCAUAUUGUAUUAUACCGUUCACCGAAGAUACCAAAUCGAGCUGUGAAUAUCUUCUUAGGAUCUAUUCUACUGUUGAUUUUGUUAUAGAUGAAAAUGAGGUAGAUGUCAGAUUAAUUGACCCUUCAGCACCAUUGGGAGGACUUUAUAGCUCUCCCGAUGCGGUUGAUAGCACAUCAGCUGACGUGGGAAUAUCAGAAGUAUUCAAAAACUUGGCAAAUGAAAAAAUGGAAAUUGGUUGGAAGGAACUUAAAUCUGUGCUAAGUCUACUUUUAAAACAAGAAAACCUUGAACUUUCUAAAGAAUUAUGUCGCAGUAUGAUUGCUUUAGCUGAUACCGAUUGUUCUGGAAAACUGAAUUUCAGUGAAUUCUAUCAACUGUGGGAACAGAUUGGUAUUUUAAGGGGGAUUUUCAGAAACUAUGAUUCGGAUACUUCCAAAGGAAUAUCACCUAGUGAAAUGCGACAAGCUUUGAGAGCUGCCAAUUUUCAAUUGAGUAAUAAAGUAUUGAGAGUCAUUAUGUUGAGAUAUGGCAACGAAAACACGGAAUUAGAGAUGGAUGACUUCUUACAUUGUUGUUUCAAAUUGAGAAUAAUGAUUGAUAUCUACAAAUCGAAGAAAAACCGGAGCGAGACUUUGGAAAACUGGUUGGUCGAAACAUUAUAUGCUUAAAAUUAUAUUAAUUCAAAUAAAUAUGUAAAUUAAUGAAUUUAAUUAAAAUAUAUUUGACUAUUU